CUGUGCCUCAUUUUUACCACCAUCAAAGCAGGAGAACCAAUUGCCGUGCUAUUCGACCAAGGCUGUACGACACAGUUCUGGAUUAAUGUUAUCCUCACCUUCCUGGUGUGGAUACCAGGCGUUAUACACGCCUUUUGGGUGAUUCUAAUUUUUAUGAAUAUUUAUGUUGCUUAUACUUCGCUCUAG